ACCAACAAUCGCACGAGGAUACCACUUUGAACGUAUCAACUGUCAAAAUUGUGUGAAGUGUGUAUGAUUCCUCGAACGCCGACAUCAGAGAUCAUAGCAGCCAGCGGUGCAAACGCGUUUUCACGACGCGCACGUUUUUCCUUGACUAGAUAUAGUUCCGGUGUAGUUUCUUUGUCAAAGAGCAACAGAAGAGUUUCCACCGGUCGUGUCCUUUGUUAAACCAGUUUGUUUUCCUGCUUCCCGGCCCUGUGCAAAAGCAGCUUACAUUGCAGCUAGACGAACGACAGAGCAGAGAGCAACAUCAACCACCAAUCUCAAUCAAAUCCAAUCUAGAAUUCCAACACACCACCAUGAGCGAAGGCACAUCGACCGCAACGACAUCGGCUUCCAGCAGCGGCGAGGAUAACGCCCGUAAGGUACAGCAAUACAAAGAUAAUCUCAUCAAUCGCGCCGAAACACUCAUCGUAAAAGAGUUCCCCGAGCGCAUCGUUCGCCUGAAUGCCCUACUCGAAACACCGCAGUUCUCCGAACGGUGCUUCACGGAUGUAUAUCAGGAACUGAACAUUCCAGUCCCGGAACCAAUAGUAUUGGACGGAGAGGGUCACGCGAAGCGUCCCCGCCUCAACUCAAACGCUCCCUCACCGGUCGAUGGUAACGGCACGAAGGUCCACGCGCUACCGUCCGGUCGGGUUGACUGCAACAGACCGAUCAGCGAGCUCGUUUGCAUCGUGAAGCCAAUAAUCCGUUCCCUGGUGGAGGACUCCAAUCUGCUGAAGAUGUGGAUUUCCUUCAUGAUACCGAAGAUCGAGGAUGGUAACAACUUCGGCGUAUCGAUUCAAGAGGACACGCUGGCGGAAAUCCAAUCGGUCGAAACGGAGGCGGCCGCAUUCUUCGACCAAAUAUCCCGAUACUUUGUGUCGCGUGCCAAGGUGGUGUCGAAGGUGGCCAAAUACCCGCACAUCGACGACUACAGACGUGCGGUUGCCGAGCUUGACGAGAAGGAAUUUCUCAGCCUGUGGCUGGUGUUGAGCGAGAUCCGGAAUCGAUACUGCUCGCUGCACGACAUCGUUAUCAAGAACAUGGAGAAACUGAAAAAGCCACGCUCCUCGAAUGCGGACAGCUUGUACUAAAAGAAUGAAGCCUGUGUGGAACAUGCGUGCACGUCCGCACUUACCUCAUUUCCUUCCCUUUCCUUCCAGUAUCUAGUAACAUCCUAUUUGCGUUAGCUGUGUGCAAUGCGUUGGUAAUUUACUUUACUCUUGCGUUACCCACAGGUAUGCAGCUGUGACACUUAGUUUGUCUUUUCUGGUUUGCUAUUUAAUUUUGCCGCCAUUUUGUCAAGCGAACCUGCUAAAAUAACUUUCAACCCAUUCAUUCAACAGUCAACGCGUUGUACAGCAUCCGUACUUAGGGCUUCUGGUAUCAAGACUAGGUCUAGUAUGCUAUGACAACGCGAAUAAUCCCUUCCCUCGUUCCCGUUCCUGAUUCACAACUUCAUCACAUAAUAGAUUCCGGCAAUAGCAUUAGUGCGCAUAAAAACCCCCAAAACGGGUCCACGUUACGCAUCUAAUUAUUAAUGGAUGAUUAUUUUGUUUCUUUCUUUCCCGCAUAUAUUGUACUCUAAUGUAUCAAACUAUCUAAGGUAUUUAAUAUUACCUGGAUAUUAACAAAUAAAUACGCCAGUUUAGACGAAGCGAAAUCUUUAAAAGAUUUGUCUAAUUUGAAACGCACGACUUCUCGAUAUCUCACCCAGUUACAGUGUUGUGAUGAUAAAACAUAUAAAAGAGCCUUCAGUAUGAGAUAUGGGUUAGCACCAGGGCACUGUUAGCCGGUAUGCAGUAUGGGCAAAAUGGAGCCCAGUAAGCUAGCGUGUGAAUAAACAUAUAAAA